UUAAACCAACCUGACCCGACCCAAAUUUCUGCUCACUCUCAAAACGGACUUCACAAAUGUGUGAACCACCCAAAUCCCAAAUCACGCAACCGGGCCAUUCUUACCGGAUCUUCCCGGUUCCCGGUCUCAACAUCCGGUUCGUAUUCUCUUCUCCGUUCUAAUCCAAUCCAAACCCUAACCCUGUUUUCUAUCGGAUCUUCUGAUCGGAUCUCUCUCUGAACAACGUCAACGAAAAGCUCUCCACUUUAUAGCGUUUAGACCAAACCAUUUCAGUGAAAACAGAUUGGUUAAUUAGCUUCAUCCAUGCCAUGGAAAUUCCAGUUGAGACCCCAGCAAAGAAACCAAAGAGGUUGACAUCCGUUGUGUGGAACCAUUUUGAAAGAGUUAGAAAGGCAGAUAUCUGUUAUGCUGUUUGUGUACAUUGUAAAAAGAAGCUUAGUGGAUCGAGUAACAGUGGAACAACUCAUCUGAGGAAUCAUUUGUUGCGGUGUCUAAAAAGAUCCAACUAUGAUGUUUCCCAAAUACUUGCAGCAAAGAGAAAGAGAAAAGAAACUACUGUUGCAGUUGUCACUUAUGAAGAAGGGCAAAGGAAAGAAGAAACCGUUAACCCUGUGACCUUUAAGUUUGAUCAAGAAGUAAAGAAAGAGGAAGCUACCAUGCCUAUCAACCUUGGCAGUGUUAGAUUUGAUCAAGAGCGGAGCCGUCUGGAUCUUGCCCGUAUGAUUAUGUUACAUGGUUAUCCUUUAGCCAUGGUUGACCAUGUUGGAUUCAAAAUAUUUGUCAAGAACUUACAGCCAUUAUUUGAGACUUUGACUAACAGUGCUGUUGAACUUGACUGUAUGACAAUUUAUGCAAAAGAGAAACAGAAGGUGUAUGAGGCGAUCCAUAACUUGCAUGGAAGAAUUACUCUCUCUGCUGAUAUCUGGACUUCAUCUGAAAAUGCACGGUAUCUGUGUUUAACUGCUUUUUACAUUGAUGAAGACUGGAAACUGCAGAAGAAAAUGCUGAAUUUCAUAACACUGGAUCCUUCUCACACAGAUGACAUACUUUCAGAAGUUGUUAUAAAAAGUUUGACAGACUGGGCCAUUGAUCGUAAGUUGUUUUCUAUGACUUUCGAUCAUUGUACGGGCUAUGAUGAGAUGAUUUUUAGAAUCAAGGACUGGCUUUCUCAAAACAGGCCUCUUUUAAAGAAUGGUGAAUUGUUUGACGUCCGUUGUGCAGUGCAGCUACUGAAAUCAAUCGUUUUUGAUGNUGAUUUCAUGGAAGCACUUCGAGAUGUGAUCCACAAGGUUCGAGAAAGCAUAAGGCAUGUUAAGAGUUCACAAUUAGCCCUAGGAAAAUUCAAUGAGAUUGCUCAGCAAGUUGCGAUUAGUGGUGAAAGGCCUUUGAUUCUUGACUGUGGACAGCAGUGGAGUUCAACAUACUUGAUGCUUGAAGCUGCCUUAGAUUAUAGGGGAGCCUUCUGUCUACUAGAAGAGCACGACCCUUCCUACACUUUCGCUUUGUCUGAAAUAGAGUGGGAUCAUGCUAGUGCUAUUGCGGGCUAUAUAAAACUUUUUGUUGAAGUUACUAAUGUUUUCACGGCAAAUAAAUGUUCAACUGCGAAUCUAUAUUUCCCUGAAAUAUGUGAUAUUCACAUCCAGUUGAUUGAUUGGUGUAAAAAUCCUGAUAAUUUUCUUAGCGAUAUAGCGCUGAAGAUGAAAGAAAAGUUUGAUAAGUAUUGGAGUAAGUGCAGUUUGACUUUGGCGAUAGCAGCAAUAUUGGACCCCAGGUUCAAGAUGAAGUUGGUGGAGUAUUACUAUCCUCAGAUUUAUGGUUCUGAUGCCUCAAAUCAGAUAAAAGAAAUAUCUGAUGCUAUAAGGGAGCUUUCAAAUGAGUAUGCUAUGGGCUCAUCUUCGCUUGAUCCAGAUACAGCUGGUACUUCUGGCAGCUUAACCAGUAUCUCUAGUGGUACAAGGGACAGACUUAGGGGUUUUGACAAAUUUCUCCAUGAAACUUCACAAAACCACAACAUAACGUCAAAUCUUGAGAAAUACUUGGAAGAGCCGGUCUUUCCACGCAAUUAUGAUUUCAGCAUAUUGAAUUGGUGGAAAGUUCACACACCAAGGUACCCUACAUUAUCAAUGAUGGCACGUGAUAUCUUGGGAGUUCCUGCAUCCACUCUUGGGCCAGAGGUGGCAUUCAAUAACAGAGGCAAGGUGCUUGACCAAGAUCGCAGUUCACUGAAUCCAGCUGCUAGAGAAGCCUUGGUUUGUGGUCAGGACUGGUUGCGCGUGGAAACUGAAGAAACCAACUCACCUCACAUCUAUACUGCUGUGCCACUUUCUAUGGAAUCAAAGUAGGGCAUGUGUGGUUUGGUGAUUGGAGGAUAGUUCAAUCAGGACACAAGUGUUUGAUUUCUUUUGAUGACUUUAAACUUAAUAUCCAAUUUAGUGCAUAUUGAGUAGAUCUUCUUAAAUAUGAUUGUAUUGCUUUAAGAUCAACUUCUUUCGAUUUUCUUGCCUUUUCUUCAAUUGUAAAUCAAGAUGUGUUAUUCCGCCUUGGGGGUUUUCCCCUGCAUAAACUGGAACUUUCACAAGUUAUCUUAGGAGAGGAGUGUCGAGGGAAGAUCAAGUUCAGAUGGGAAGAAAUUGACCUGUCCCUUUUAAUAAGUUUUAGGCAAGUAAGAAAAUUAAUUGUUAUUUGGUAUGAAGGGUCAAAGGGACUUCAAUAUUCCAUGUAAAGAUGGUUUAUUCGCGCUCCAAUUCCAGGCAUUAAAAAUGAAGAAUUACUUUACUGGUUUC